CUUUAACCUUUGAGUCAGCACAGAUACAUUGUACAUGUUGUAACCUGUCCUGCUAACGUACGUACGUACGUACCUUCAGCUUCAAACAUAGUAGAAGUUAUCACUUUCUGCGUGAUUGCAUUUAAUGGCUGCAGGCUCAAGGAGCCAUUUAUACAACCAGAAGACACAGACGUUGUACGUUUGCAAGCAUGGCGUUUGGCUGCUAGCUCUCCUAUCUCUGUUCCAGUGCUGUGGUGCUAGUUCUGUUGUAUCAACUCGUCUGACUGGCUACAGACCUGUAGAAAAGUACAGAGGCAUUGACGAUGAUGGCGUGUUCAAUAUUUUAGCUGGCAGCAAUGUCACCUUUCUUUUGUUUGGAGAAGGUAUCAACAACAACACUUACAUCAAGUUCACUGAGAGCCCAAGCUCCUGUAAUGAUCGUGAAGUAGACAGAGUGGGCGGCAACCGUGUUCUACCGUAUCCCCCGAAUGAUAAUCGAACUGAUUCUCCCAACACUCAAUAUAGCUUGUUCUUCAACUUGUUUUCAUCAGAACAAAGAACAUACUACUUUUGUUUAGACUUCGAUGGUAAUAACAACUAUAAGCAUCAAGGCUCCGAUACAUGGCUUACAGUAGUUGUUCAGAUUGACGCCUUGCCUCUCUGGGCCAAAAUUGUCUUCAUUAUUACUCUGAUGAUUCUCUCUGGCCUUUUCUCUGGUCUUAACCUUGGACUUAUGGCUUUAGACCCAACCACACUUAAGAUUAUCAAACAGAGUGGCACUAAACGACAACGAGUGUAUGCCAACAUCAUUUUUCGUGUUCGAAGGCAUGGAAACUACCUACUGUGUACUCUGUUGCUUGGAAAUGUUGUAGUGAAUAGCUCACUUACAAUUUUGCUAGAUGAAGUACUCCCAGGUGGCAUAUACGCUGUGCUUGCUUCUUCACUUGCUAUUGUUGUUUUCGGUGAAAUAAUUCCUCAGGCAAUUUGUUCUCGGCACGGACUUGUGAUAGGAGCCUGGACUAUCCCACUCACCCUGAUAUUCAUGGUCCUAACUCUUCCUUUAUCUCUUCCUUUUAGUUUUGUCCUGAACUUAAUUCUGGGAAAGGAGGUAGGGGCAGUGUACAAUCGGGAUCAACUGUUGAAACUGCUGGAUGUUACUCAAGAACAUCAUGAUAUGGUGGAGGACGAGGUCAAAAUUAUCACUGGUGUGUUGGCUUAUAAGGGGAAGGUGGCUGAGAAGGUCAUGACCAAGUUUGAGGAUGUGUACUUUGUCAGUGUGGAUAGUAUGCUUGACUUUAAGCUGAUGCGAGAGAUUUACGAUUCUGGCUUUAGCCGAAUUCCCAUUUAUGAAGGAGAUAAAAACAAUAUUGUUGGACUAUUAUACGUUCGUGAUUUGGCGUUUGUUGAUCCUGAUGAUCAAACUGCAGUCCAAGCCCACAUGGAGUUCUACAAACAUGAGCUCCAGUUUGUUUGGCAUGACACUAAGCUGGGAGAGCUAUUAAAAGUUUUUGUGUCUGGCAAGUGCCAUAUGGCCGUCGUGCAGAAGGUCAACAAUGAGACUGAAGGAGACCCUUUCUAUGAGAAUGUUGGAGUGGUGACUCUGGAGGAUAUACUAGAGGAAAUACUUCAGCUGGAGAUUGUGGAUGAGACAGACAGAUUCACUGAUAAUCAGAACAAGAAACUUAAUUCAAGGAAGAACUUCAAUGUGGCUGAGUUUGACAAUCCCUCGGGAGAAGACACCCUCUCUUCGCAACAGAGACUGGCAGUCUUCCAGUUCCUUUCCACAGUUGUUGAACCUUUCCAGAAGAAGUACAUUUCACACAAUGUUCUGAAGCGUCUUCUUAUGAAGAGUGUGGUUCGAAAAAUAUCACUAGAGGAGUCAAACAGAACUAACCUGCAGCUUUACACCACCGGAAAUGAAGCUAGCUUUUUCACCUUGGUUCUUGAAGGGUGUAUGGAAGUACAUAUUGGCAAAGAUGAGCUCACAUUUGAUAGCAAGUCCUUCACAUACUUUGGAGCACAAGCUCUUCUUAACUCUACACUGGACACACCCACUGAGUACAUUCCAGACUACACUGUGCGUCCAAGUGUCGACAGUAUCGUGAUCAUCAUUACUAAGCGACAAUACCUUGCUGCUGUAGAAGCAUCCCGAUUCGUAGAGGAGAAAACUGGCAUCUCCAUUGAGGCGAAUGGGGGAGCCAUUGAGAAUCCGAAACGAGAUGUAUUUGCUAAAGAGUGGGAGCUAGCUGAGGACCAAGAUCUGGGAGAUUCACAAUUAUCGACCGGGCUUAGCUCUAUAACUAAGUUCCUAAAAAAAAAGCAUAAGCACUCCCAGCAACCCUCUGAUAAGCGGCAUUUACUGACUCAAUCAAGCGAAGAUAGUUCUGAAUCCCAGCAUUCACAAUCUUUGCACAAAGCUGUUACUGUAAAGCGUUCAGUAGAUGUUUUGGAAGACAGAUAUAAAUGGUUGUCCCCACCUGAACAAAAUGGAGAGAGCUUGCUGGAAACGCGGAGUGAUGGCGAUGUGUCAACUGAAUUAAGUGUGCUGCCAACUGAAGUGCAGGACUAUGAGAGUGAACCCAAUGCAAGUUACUUCAGAACUAGUGUGGGCAGAGAGGAAUGGGCUCACAACACCUCCACGGAGGUUUGAGUCUGACUUGUUUUGAUUGUGUUCUUUAUAAUAUCUACUCGUGUUUGUAUUCUACUUGUGUUUGUAUUCAUAUUAUAAUUAUAAUUAUUUAUUAUGUAUACAC